AUGAGGAUUGGGUGCUUGCAGUUUGCGCCCCAGGUGGGUGAUGUUGACAACAACCUGAACCGCGCCGACGCAGUUCUUUCAAAAGCAAACCCGGAGGACUUGGACAUUCUUGUUUUGCCCGAGCUGGCUUUUUCUGGCUACAAUUUCAAGUCUUUACAGGACAUCUCGCCAUUUCUUGAGCCUUCAGGCUCAGGUAUUACUGCGCUAUGGGCUCGGACGAUGGCCUUGAAAUACAACUGUACCGUUCUCGUUGGAUACCCAGAGAAAGUCGACGUGUCUCCCAACUGGCCCACUGGCCCCGAGUACUAUAACUCAGCCAUUGUUGUGAAUGGAGAUGGCGAAACAAUCGCCAAUUACCGGAAGUCUUUCCUUUAUUAUACAGAUGAAUCAUGGGCACUAGAAGGUAAUCGUGGAUUCUAUGAUGGGUAUAUCCCAGGGCUUGGCAAUACUUCUAUCGGCAUUUGUGAUCCCUAUAAGUUCGAAGCGCCAUGGCAUGCAUUUGAGUUCGCCUUUCAUGUCCUCGAAGUUGAAUCCAACUUGGUCAUCGUUUCCAUGGCAUGGAUGACUAGAGAGGAUCGCCGGCACUUCAGUCGAAUGCCUAAUGAACCAGAUAUGAGUACGUUGACAUAUUGGGUCACACGAUUAGAACCCAUUAUUCGCUCUAACAACGACGACGAAAUUAUCGUCGUCUUUUGCAAUCGUACCGGCAUCGAAGACGAAGCAACAUACGCAGGCACAAGUGCUGUUAUAGGCAUACAGGAGGGAGAAGUUAAAGUCUAUGGCCUGCUGGGAAGAGGUGAAAAAGAAUUGCUUGUUGUUGAUACGACUAAUCCACCUUAUGCGAAAAUGGUUUAUCGGCCAGAUGCUGGUGCCUUGGGCAAACGUAUUGCUUCCGCCAAGCAAACAAAGAAACGACGAGUGCCAUCUAUUUCGAUUCCACCUCUAUACGAUUUGAUUGGUCAUGAUGAGUCGAUAAAUGCGGCAGAUGGCAACAUCCCAACCCCUUCUGCGCCGAGUCCAACACCCAUGGCUGUUCGCCCGCGACUCGUUAUCCCGCAGCCACCGUCCUUGGUAUCAAAUCAGCACAGUUCUGAAGACAAUCUUCCCAGUGCUACAUCCAUAAAGUCUGCAGAGUCAAUGCAUUCAAUCAAGUCAAACGAAUCAGAGGUUUCAACUCAAACAAUUCGUUCCAAUCCGAGACCGCCAGAAGACAGCACACCAUAUCCCCAUAGCGGCCUUCCCCUGAGUGGAUAUCCCUCGAAUUCUUUUCAAAACGACUUCGAACGAUGCAUCUAUGGCGGCAAUGUUACCAUUAGUCACGAAACUGAUUCAUUUUCUCCAACAACUCCUUUUGCUGCUGCAUCCACAGCGUCACCCCGCUGGUUUUGGCGACCACACGACAGUAUAUUUCGGACCCCAGUCUCUGGUGGAGGAUGGACUCCCAGUACGCCGGUCGGACGGAAAUCAGAACCUUUUCCAUGGGAAGCAAUGAAAAAUAUCACCACAUUACCGAGUAGAACAUACGAGAAUGAGAGUAUAAGCAGCGGUUCAAUGCCACAGCAGACCAGGUCCAAAUAUUCGCAGUCUCCAAGAUCGAAUACAUCGUCUAACAAAACUGGAAAGUCAAAAUCGUCCACAGAAGCACAGACGCAGCGUACCACUACAAGUACUCAGAAGGAAAAGCAUCCUUCAAGACCUUCAUCUCCAAAGUCACGCAAUGCAAGUCGCUCUGGGGUUAGAGGGAGAUCUGAUUCAUCAUUGAGCCCGCAAAAUAUUCCAAGCGCAGUAUCGCAGCACAUUGAACAAAUCUCUCAACGGGCGGAGUCUAGAAACAGGCACAACUCAGAUAAUCAGCAAACUGGGCCAGCUAUCGACCAAUCUGCAAUGGGCCACCUGAUACCCAUUGUUGCGAGCCCUAGUCUAUUAGGGCCAGGGACUCGAGCAUACAUACCAACCCCCGUGGCAAUAGAUUAUUAUCGUCAUUCUGCAAUUGGAACAACUGCUCAUGAUAUGGGCUCACAACUGUCUGAUGGUAACCCUAAGCCGGGUGCUAAUGGCAACAACGAUGCCAGCGGUUAUCAAGCAUCUACCAACAAUGCGAAAGAGAUGCUCAUGUCCCCUCCGAUUAAUAGAGGCACACCGAAAGCUACUACACGAUCCGUAAGCAGAGGCCGUCAGCCUAAGCGCAGGGAUACCUCUACCAAUGCAGGCAAAUUCGAUCCUCAGGCUGAUAGGGCUACCUCUGCGGAUUCUAUUAUAAACACUAUACUGCACUCUCGAGUUGGAAAGCGACAUCCUUACGACAAAGAAUCACAACGGUUACCAGACGAGAGGAUAUCUCAUGAUGAAUGUUCGCAUGCUCAAAAUACCCGGGGUGAAUCAGAGUUUGAGAGAGUUGAGGUUGUUAGUUGUCCUAGUUGUCCGGUUCAUGGUCGCCAAACUGUUUCUGCUAAUGGCUCUUCAAAACGGUUAUCUGAUCCCUCUGGCCAAAUGAUCAACACCACGUCUUCUAAGUCUGAGCCAAGAUCUACAAAACCGAGAUUCAACCCCACUACACCAAGAGCAAUGAGAUUUCAUCCUGAUGAUGCUUGUAUCGAUACAUUGCCGGGUAUUGAGCCAGGAGAUGAUGAACAGCCACCAAGUUGGUUCACCGUUGAAAAGAAAGCACGCAAAGUCGAAGUUGGCUCUAAAGCUUGA